CUCUGCUCCAGUAAGGAGUCCUUUAUCGCUUUCUCUCUCAUCCCCUCCGCGCUCCGGUCUUCGGUGUUAAAACUUUCCUUAAAGGAGACGAAUCUUUCAGCCUCCUAGUAAACAGAUGAACCAACAGUUAUUGUUUUUCCUGGAACUUUAAGAAGGACGCGUCUCGUUUCGCACUGGACCAAAAUGGACCGCAGAACGUGUCCGGAGCGUCCGCACUGGUCCUCUGCCGCUGUGUGCGGGACAUACUGAAAAGAAAUCCGGACUGGAGGUGGACUGAACCUGCACGCGUUGUCCGUUCUCUUUUCUUCUCUAGUUUACGGCUUUGCAUGCCUCCGCUCAGAGGAUAGCCCAAAUCAGAAGCGGAGAAUUAUUCAACACGAAGAGAGGACAUGGACAUGCCAUAGCCAGGGCUCACAGGUGAAGGAGGAUGUAGCUACAAAAAGAGGGACAUCACAAACUGCAGGGACGCGAAAAGAACAAUCGGUUGUCUUCACGGACAAGAAGCACACAUCAGAAGUUGAGCGCCUCAAGUCUUAAGAAGAUCCAAACAACACUUAUGUGAAUGUAACAAAGCACUGAGGCAGCUCAACAAAGCGGUCUUACUCUACACUCUACGCCGUCGGCAAUGACAGAUGGAUGACGCUGAUCCCUCACCCCGGAGGUGUGGAGUGACAGAUGACAGAGGCACUGACACGGCGGGAGAGAGAGAAAAAGAGAGAGGUAUCGCUGGAAAGGGUUACUGCCGCCCGUAAGGGAAAACAACUUCAAAGGUCAUACACAUCGAUCGGGAGGCAAGAAGAAAGCAACCUGACCAUCGACUCUGACCUGAAAGACGUAACUUGCAACAUCUUGGACACCACAGACCACAGCAGCAAGAUUUACAACUGAAUGCAGAUUAUAAAACUGAAACUCAUCCCUAAACUAACUAGCAAAGAUCUAGCAGACAGCAACCAUGGAUAUUAGUACACCAAUCUUCAGCUCUAAAUUAGAAACUCAAAGACUCUUAUUUACAUCAAGAGGUGGAUGUGACUGAUCCUCUACAAAGCAACAGGGGACAUUUGGGCUCAGCAUACACCUUGAGAACUUGUCGCCAAUGACGAAUUGGCAAGAAAUGGGAGAUUCAAAGCUCAGGGAACAAUCUGAGGCUGUUUGCAGCUAGCAAGACUAUUGGAAUACAAUAUAAAAUCCAAAACACUUUUAGCCAAGUCCUCCCAAUCCCCUCUUUCCUGUCACUCCCUAUCCCCAAAGUUGCUUCCUUCCUUUUUUUCCCCUUCCCCUAGAUCCUUAUUAAUGGUGUUCUGUUGGUAUUAACAACUCCUUUACACACUUCAAAACUCUUUAAAUAAGUCUUGAUCAAUGCUGAGCACAUCUCUUCUUCUUCCUGCUGUUGAAGAAGGUGAAUUAAAAUCAGGUGAGCCCUCUUUCAACCACCAAUAGGGUAAGGGUCUCUCUUUGGGAUGGGCGGCCCAGCAAGGGCUCUUCUUGGCGGGUUCAGCACCACCACAUCUUCCCUGGAGGUUGGAGGUCGGAUGGCUUGGCCAAGCAACAACCCCCUGGACCUCAACCAGACCCUGCCAUGGGGGAUCGGGUUUGGAGGCAGCGUUGGAGGUGCAGCAGCCAUGAGUGCAGGUCUGGACAAUUUCACCCAGGAGUCUGUCACCAGGACAGUGAUGAAAGAGAAGAACUGGCCGGCGUUGCUCAUACUAGUCAUCAUCGCACUGACAAUCGGAGGCAACAUCCUUGUGAUCCUGGCAGUGUCGCUGGAGAAGAAGCUCCAAAACGCCACCAACUUCUUCCUGAGGUCGCUGGCCGUGGCGGACAUGCUCGUAGGCAUCCUGGUCAUGCCGGUCUCCCUCAUCAACAUCCUCUAUGACUACGCCUGGCCUCUCCCCAGCGCCCUGUGUCCCAUCUGGAUCUACCUGGACGUGCUGUUCUCCACCGCCUCCAUCAUGCACCUGUGUGCUAUCUCCCUGGAUAGAUACGUCGCCAUCCGCAACCCCAUCGAGCACAGCCGCUUCAACUCCAGAACCAAAGCUAUGAUGAAGAUCGCCGCCGUCUGGACCAUAUCUAUAGGUGUGUCGAUGCCUAUCCCAGUGAUCGGCCUCCACAACGAGGACAAGGUGUUCGUCAACGGCAGCUGUGUCCUCAACGAGGAGCGCUUCAUGCUGAUUGGCUCCUUCGUGGCCUUCUUCAUCCCACUGGUCAUCAUGGUGGUGACGUACUGCCUCACCAUACAGGUGCUCCAGAGGCAGGCCACUGUCUUCCUGUGCGAGACGAAGACUUCCUCCCAGCAGCCAUUGCACACACCCGCAAUGACAAACACAUUGCAGCCUCCGCCCAACACCUUCCACGUUCCCCAGAUCACACUUGCUGCUUCAGACUCACAAGAGUUAAAGGCCCCGCCCCCUCAGAGCAGACGAAACACCUUGAGCUGUCUGAAAGGAGCCGAGCCCAGCAUGCUGCUCAGCACCUCCAAGUCAGAUAGCAUAAGCAUCAUUACCAGCUCGGAGGUGGCGUCUCAGCUCAGCUCGCCAGCAGCGGGACCGGGACGGAGCGACACGUCGGGUUGUCACGGGCGACGGGGGAUGAUGCAGGCCAUAAAGAACGAGAGGCGGGCCUCCAAGGUCCUGGGAAUCGUGUUCUUCCUCUUCCUCAUCAUGUGGUGUCCCUUCUUCAUCACCAAUGUCACCUUCGUCCUGUGCCGGGGCUCCUGCAACGAGUCGCUGCUCAACGACCUCCUCAACGUCUUCGUCUGGGUGGGCUACAUCUCCUCUGGAGUCAACCCUCUGGUCUACACCCUCUUCAAUAAGACCUACAGGAGAGCGUUCUCCAGCUACAUCAGGUGCCAGUACAAUGUGGGGGCCAACGCAGCCGGACCGAGUUGCAAAACCCUCCUGGUUCCCCCGCCGUGCUCGUCGCACGCCGUGACCCCCCUGCUGAUGGGCAGUCACGGGAAAGCCGGCAUGGACCGCAAUAGUAACUGUCGCAACGGCGGUAGGGGGGACAACGGGAGGCUGACGGUGGACCCGGAUGACAUGACGGAUGAUGAAACACAAAUCGGAAUAGUGUCGCACAGCCUGUCUGAAUGCCACAACAUUGACAUGCUUUCGGAAACGGAGCCGGAAACGGAGACGCUGGGCCGAGCGAUGUUUCGACAAGCUGGUGCUGGAAGCCUACAGCGUUUUUAUUGGCUGUAAACCUGCAGUGGGUCCUUUUAUUGUGAAAGGACUAAUCUCGGUUGAGGAGCCUUAUCCCCAGCCUGGAGUGCACUACUUAGCAAUGUAUGAGAGAAAUUAGAUGAAGAGAGAGCCUCUGAGAUGAAAAGGUUUUGGAAUGAAAGACAAUAUUUAAUGUCUGUUGUCUAUUUGCCGUCAAAAUGUUGGUUUUUCGUUACAAAAAUGGAGGAUAAACGCUGUGCAUGGCAGCCAGUGGGUUGUACUUCAUGGGGGGGGGACUAAGGUACCAGCUGAGAUCCAGACAGGUUUGGAGUGCAUGUGAUAAGUAGUCAUUGAAGAGCUUAUUGUCAUUGUUGACCUGUUAUGAAGUCCUUCUGAUGCAGGUUACAGAGUCGAGCGCCCGACCGCUGACGUCGACGGGGUCAAACCACGACUUCAUGCCUUCACACUAAGUCUAAAAUGCAGUCCGAGCUCUGGUUAUGUGGAUUCUUCUCCACACCAAGCAAGCUAAACCAAAUCUAUUUUUGUGCUGGUCAACUAGCGACAGUCAUAAAAAUAUACCUGAAUGAACCUUUCCAGCAUGUAUAAUGAAACUAUUCAGCCGACAGAAAGGGGAUUUCACUCGAAAAAGGGAACUCACUCGAGGCAGCAGUCAAAGUUUGCCUGAGAGGACCGAGAUGAAGGAAUGUACAACGAUCACUGGUGGACUCGCAGUGCCAUCUGGUGGUCGCUCCACACAGAGAGGUCACCUCCCUUGGAUCGAACAAGGGGGCUAAAAGAGCUAAAAAAACAUGGCGCAGGCCUUUGGUCUAACACAGCUGUCAGCCUCUUGCUUCUGAUGACCAAUACAACCAUUUAGGAAAGAGUUAAAGCCCCAACUUCUAAAGGUUUUUACCAACAACAAUCAAUCAAGUUUCAAAUAAAAGGGAGCAAUCUAAAAGUAAAAAUGUGAAUAUUAGGGUGCACACAAAGGUUUCUUAGAUGUCAUUCUUAAAAGGAAGAAAAUACCUAGAUUAGCCAUCAUUAUCACUGAUUCGCAAUCAUAAAAUAAUAGAAAACCUCCCCAGCUGUUGUCAAAUAACACUUACCUUUAUUUUCCCUAACCUGUGGAAUUUUGGAUGGAUCAGCAAUCAAGGACAUCUCUAUGUCGAUAUUCCCCAAAUCUAAUAAUGGAAAUUUAGCAUAUGCAUCUUUGAGUUUGGUGUCGUACAAGUCAACUGCUUAAUAUACAUAUCAUAUAUUAUCAGAUUACAUAUCAGAGUGGCCACAGCUGCAGGGCAGAAAUCUGUUUGAGAUUCACAACAUCAUCUCUGAGGGACACGAAAUGAAUGGUUUUUAUUCAACCAUGAGAUCGGUCAUUUCCUCUCCAAAGACCCCUCAGCCCAAAUUUGCUAAGAUGAUACAGUGAAAGCCAAAGAGAACAGAACAUUUAAGCAAUAAACUUUGGAUUGAAAUAAGUUCCAUCAGAGCCCUAUGUUAGAUGUAUGCUGUGACGGUGGGUUUUAGGAUGAAAAGCGCACCAACAUCUCCAAGAAUUGCAGUUUUGACCCCUAACUUGAUGGUUACAAACUUUCUGAUCUCUGACUGCUUUACAACAGAUUGGGCCUGAGUCACCACUGUGACUCCAAGACCAAAUAGCUUUAGAUUUCAUCUGUCGCGUAAAACGGACAGAAAGUCAAUACGCUAAGAGACAGGUCCCUGAGUUUAUCAAGACAGGUCAGUAACCCUCACAGCUAAGUCACGCUGAUUUUCUCGCCCUCCCACAUUUUAUCGACAUCUGACAGGCGGCGGAAUCCCCUCCGCACUGCAUCUUCAUCAGCUGAAAUAUCUGCAAUGUACUGCCUUAAAAAAAGACUUCAAUAUUGUGUGGAUUUUGAAGGUGUCAAAUUUAGAUUUCUUAGCAACAAGAGAAAAUAUAAGAGAUAUAACCUGAAACUCAUAUGCAUAUAGAUUGGCUAUGUAGGUAUAGUUCAAUAGAAAAAAAGUCUGUGUAAAGUCUUGAUUUGAGAUGUGGGCAAUUAGGGGGUCCAAUGAAAGAUGCUAUUGAGUUGCAUUUUGGGAAUUGUUGUGUUUUUGGAGAUUGAGACUAAAAGUCAAGAUAUCUCAGUCUCAGCUGAUUUGAUUUUGACCCAUCUUUGUUUGAGUUGUCUCUUUUGAUUCUCUGACCAUUAUGGAAGUGCAAUACUAAAUUGCUGGGAUACCCCUUUAAAUGCAAAAAAAAACACUGAUUGACACAUUUAAUUACUAAGUUUACCUUCCAGCCUAGAUUUUUUCUUAACAAAGUCACUUUCCCCACUGAUCAAUAAUUAAGUUUGGUAAUACUCCCUACAGCCAUAGAAAAGCUAAAAUUACAAAGG